AUGGAGUUUGUAUCUGCAAUCAUUAGUCCUAUUGUUGAAUCAUUAAUGGUUCCUGUCAAAAAACAGCUAGAUUAUCUCUUUUCCUCCGCAAAACAUGUUAGGAACAUGAAUACUAGAAUGAAGCAACCGGAUUGUACAAGCUGUGAUGUUAAAAAUCACAUGGAAACAAACAACAUAAGUAAUCUAGAGAUACAUGUUCGUGCUCAUGUAAGACGGUGGUUAAAAGAUGUGGAAAAAAUUAAGAAAGAUGCUCAACUUAUUUCAAGCAUAGGGAAUGGAUGUUUUAACUUGAAAAUGAGGUAUCGAGCAAGAAGGAAUGCAUUCAUGAUUACAGAGGAGAUGGGAAGUCUUAUUAAAGAAAAUAGUAAGAUAAUUUGGAAUAAUGCUCAAAAACCUCUUGGAAAAGUCAAAAUGCAUCUGCUUCAACAUUGUGGGAUGAUGAUGGCCAAAAUUACUUCAAAUCAAGAGAGAAAAGUUUUAACGAUGCACUCAAGUUCCUUCAACAAGAUCACACGAGCCAAGUGA